AGAUCUGGAAAAAGGGUCCAACGGAGAAGAUCGCGUAACGAACGGGUCCAACCGAUGCAGCCGCAUCCGCAUAGCGGGGGCUGGGUCGAGCCGCUGCGCACACUUCAAUUCGCCUCCUUCAACGCACCGGUAGCACCAAGACCCAUCAAGAGAUGGCCAAGUGGUGGCUCGUGGCGACUCUCUCAGCGUCAUUCGCCAGCGUUGUGCUGGGUGCCUGCCCCAACAAGUGCUCCGGACACGGCAAGUGCGGCCUCAACGACGUCUGCGACUGCAUGCAGAACUGGAUCGGCGGCGACUGCUCUGGCCGCCAGUGCCCGUUCACUCGCGCGUGGCACGACACGGCCCAGCGGGAUGACGACGCGCACUACUACGCCGAGUGUGCCAACCGUGGUUCGUGUGACCGCUCGACGGGGGAGUGCGCGUGUGACGCCGGGUUUGUCGGCAGCGGGUGCCGCCGGAUGCAAUGCCCCAACGACUGCAGCGGCCACGGAACGUGCGAGUUCAUCGAGGAGCUGGCCGGAGAUAAUUUCCACAAGCGCAUUCAAGGCGUGAGCGGCCGGAAGUAUUCGCUGUGGGAUCAGGAGAAGAUCAUGGGCUGCGUGUGCGACGCCAACUACGAAGGCCACGAUUGCUCACUCCGCACGUGUCCAAAGGGUGACGAUCCGCUAACGCCAAACCAGUUUGACAUGGUACAAGCUAUUGUGAUUACCGCGGCGGGUGGCUCGGGAUUCCUCACGUACUACGAUCCGUACGGCAACGCCUACACGACUGAGAAGAUCACCUUUGGUGCCGCUCUGGGGACCAAUGAUGACACAACGUGCAGCAACAUCCAGCAGGCCUUGCGGCGUCUGCCGAACAACGUACUCAAUACCGUCACAGUGGAGGUUGCAGCCCGGGUGUACGGCUUCACGCGCAAAGACCCGCGGGGCGUGAGCGGUGAGGGCACGACUACCAAGAUCUUCAACGAUGACAACACGGGAACUCUUCCGUACGAUGGAACAGGCACACAGGAUAAAGUCAUCUGCGAGGUGCAGUUUACCUCCGAGGCAGGCACGACGGGGUUCCAGAACCUCCUCGACUGUAACGUGCUCGCUCAUAAUGAUGCGGGAGGUCAGCACCCCAUGUCCGCUGGUAUCACGGGCGCCGAUGCCACGACCUGCAAGGUGUACGAGGUGUAUCCUGUGGAUGUCGUCGUUACUGAUCUAAACACCGACGGAUCCGUCCUCGAUGAGCAGAUCGCGGAUGGCACCACGGUGUACCGUCCUCUUACGGAGCUGGCCGAAUGCUCUGGCCGUGGUGCCUGCGACUACAGCACGGGCACCUGCGAAUGCUUCGCUGGCCACAUGGGGUUGGCGUGUCAGAAGCAGGAAGCGCUGGUGUAGAGUGCUUCAAGACGCACACCAGGGGGCAUCCAUUGUCUUUGUGUUGUGUCACGAAGCCUAAGAAUCUCGACACUACAAAAACAAAAGAAACAAACAAAGUUCGUCCG